GGUGACUCUCGCAUCCUCCGCCAGUUGAUUUAACUUGGUCUGUUCGUUGUAAUCUUUAGACUCCAUCACGCACUUUUGAUUCCCUUCAGCAUCAUUCCCUCAUAAUGACCAGCUCUUCCGCUACUUCAUCUCCUUCUCAGAUUCAUCAGAACGUCGUUCCUUCUGAAGUCGGAUGGCAAUUUGUUCCUCAGUAUUACACUUUUGUUAACAAGCAGCCCAAUCGUUUGCAUUGCUUUUACACAAAAACCUCGACCUUCAUUCAUGGUACAGAGGGAGAGGAUGUCAAGGCAUGCUUUGGUCAACAGGAAAUCCAUAACAAGAUUACCUCUCUUGGCUUUGACGAUUGCAAGGUCUACAUCCACUCAGUUGACGCCCAGUCUAGUGCCAAUGGCGGUAUCAUCAUUCAAGUCAUCGGUGAAAUGUCAAAUCAUGGCGACCCUUGGCGCAAGUUCGUGCAGACCUUCUUCCUUGCAGAGCAGCCCAACGGUUAUUUUGUCCUCAACGACAUCUUUCGCUUCCUGAAGGAGGAGACCGUUGAAGAUGACGCAAGCGAACCCGAGGCUUCCUCUACCGCACCUUCUGAACCUGCACCUGAAUCUGUUCGCGAGCCAACUCCCCCGCCCCCUGCUCCUGAACCUGAAGUCGAAGAGCCAACCACAAUGGUCCCUGAGCCCAUUUCCCCGCCACCUGAGCCGGAAGUUGCCCCAGUUGAGGUCAAUGGCAUCCAUCAUGAGCCUGAGAUCCAACCGGAGCCUACUCCUGAGCCCUCCAUUCCCGAAACUGAGCCUGAGCCUGAACCUACCGCUUUGGUUGCGCCGCCACAAGCCCCUGCACCUCCCCCGCUUGUUGCGCCGCCACCAGUGCCUGCACCUCCCACUCUGGCCACCCCGCCGCCAGCUCCCGAACAAUCACCUGCUCCUCAGCCACCACCCCCUGCACAAAAACCUGCAGCACCAAAAACAUGGGCCAGCCUCGCUGCCACCGACUCUAAGCGCUGGGGCGCACAGGUAGCUACUGAGUCGAAAGGCUUGUCUGAGGUCCCUGCUUCUGCUGCAUCCCCAGCACCCCCGCCACCACCGGCUAGCGGUGCCCCUUCUCCUGCUCCACGGAGAGAGCACUCGCACUCGCACCAACACCACUCACAAUCGCUUAUCGCUGCGGCAAAUGCACUCACGACCCCACAGUGCUUCGUCAAGGGUGUCACUGAGGUCGUGUCGCAACAGCAACUGAUAACCCUUCUGGCUCGCUUUGGUACCGUCAAGGACGUCGAGAUUGUGCGCAGUAAAGCUUGUGCCUUCCUCGAGUUCAACAACCUUGAUGCUGCCAAGAAAGCAAUCAUUGCCUCGCUUCCUGCCAACUCUGGUGGCGAAGGCGGACUGCGCUUCGAUAGCCCUGAGGGCAGCGUCCGAAUCAUCGUGGAGACCAGGAAGGAGCGUGGCGAGCGGCCCAUUAGUCGGCCACGAGGUGGUGCGCCUAAUGGCGAGUCCAGGGGUUCAUUCCGGUCCCGGGGUGGACCUCGGGGACGUGGCGGGCCUCCACCCCCCAAGCAGUAAGAGCGCAUGCACAUGGUGGUUUGGAGGAGGAGUGAGGGUGAGGGGUGCUCAUCUGCGUGGUAUACUUGUUGUCCUAAGCUUAUUUCAUUUGCUUUUGUCCAUGUAGACGUGCGUGAUGGACGUGAUAUAAUGCGAAAAUCACCCUCGUACUCGUUUGUUUUGCUUGCUGUCGUGUUUUGGUAGUGAUUCGGUUAAUGAUUUCAGGGGUUUUCAUUGCGUGUCUUAGCUAGUGGCUCCUCCCUCCUACAUAUGUUAACUAUGUAGUACUUGAUCAUGUCAUGCACACAGACGCGUCUGCUCCCUAGUUCUUCCGAGCGUACUCCAAGGAUUUCAAAAUUCUUGUUUGGUCGAGUUUGACAAUAU